AAUCACCGUGGCUACAUUCAGAAUUUGAGUCCUAUAAAACGCUCACGAAAUCAAAAUCAGUGGUAUGAUUUUGAUUUACAAACCAGCCCAUCAAAAUUGAGACGAGUUGUAGGAUUUAAUAUCGCAAACCACCCCAUGCUACAAGAACAUGAAGCAUCAAAAACAGCUGUAACCCUCAAAAACACAAAGCAAAACAGCAAUAAUGACAUCAUAUUCAACCAGCAAUCAACAGUAAGGGUAACACCAACCUUUGAUAUUGAUUUUGAUUACAAACCCAUCAACAAAUCCCAAAAGACUGAGCCCUCAACUCAGCCUGCCACGAAGAUUACGCUUGAGGAGCUCCCCACACUCCAAGUCAAUCAGAAAGUAAAUGUCACUGCUUCCAUUUCACUGGGAAAUGAAACCCCUAAACCUGUUCAAUUGAAAUCCUCAAGUGAAAUGACGACUGUAAAGGAAGACUGUGUCCUGAAGGAUGAAACUGGAACUGCUACUAUUCAUAUAUGGGAUCUACUUUUCAAGAACAUCAAAACUGGCACCACAUAUGAGUUUGAAAACCUUACUGUAAAGCACUUCCAAGGGAUCACUCAUCUGGGAACAACCCCUACAACAACGUUUAAACAAGCCAAUCAACAGCUGAAACCUAUCAAUGGCCCUGCAUUACUUGAAAAUCCAGAGAAAGAAGCAAAAGUAGAGAGCUUCAAAAUGAUCAACAAACUAAGCAUUUUCAUCAACUGCAAAGCAUGCAAACGUAAAAUUAAUGAAAUCUCCCAACAGAACACACUCAAUGUAAAAACUGUGGAGUCCGACAAAGAAAGAUGCAAUGCAAACGAGAUGCAUCUGUUCAACUACUUGUACAUUUGGAUGAAAAAGACAUUUGGUUAACAGCAUUUACAGAUGUCUUGGAGUCCCUCUUCGCCACCCACCCGACAAUCUCAUUACUUAG